UCCAUCUCCCACUUCACCUCCUCUGUCUCCACCUCCGUCCUCUCCCCAUUUACCUCCAGCAUCUUCCGCUGACUCCCACCUGCUCCAGGAGAAUCCAGGAUGGGCUGCCGACUCACCCGAACGAAGGCUAAGACUCAUGAAGUUUCCCAUCACCGACGCCGGGAGGAGCUGCACUUUGUGGACGAGUAUGGUCAGCAAAUCACCGUGCAGGUGGAUGGCAAAGGUGGGCGUGGCCACAGGAGGAGGCGGUCCCACUAUGCAAUUGAAUGCAACAUCCCGACAGAGAGACAAUGGGAGGCCCUGAGGGCCAUGGGGCUGAUGGAAGGAGAUGAAGACCAAGGAGAAGUCUACGGWGCAGGGACUUAUUACGGUCACAUGAGUGUUUCACCUGACCUGUACGCCACCAACGGUCACAUGAUGAUGUCGCCUGACGUGUAUCCACCCAACGGCUACCUCCCCACACCAUCCAACGAUCAGCACCCUGGGAACAGCUACCUGCCCAGCGUCUCCUACAGCUUAGACCACCUGGACCGGCUGGACUACCAGGGUCCAGAGAUGUUGCCCUACCAGCCGAACUCAGAGAGCUGUCUGAUUGGAUGCUACAGAGGAGAGGAAAUGAAGCCGAAGACUUUCCAUAGACAG